GAGUGGGAGCCCCCACCCCUCUGGGAGCUCUGCUGAUGUGUGCUGGCAGGUGGCUCGGAGGGGGCAGGUGACUGGCAUGAAGAGCCAUGGGAGCCAUGGAGAGAGCCAAUCUGAUCCAGAAGGCCAAGCUGGCCGAGCAGGCUGAGCGCUACGAGGACAUGGCAUCCUUCAUGAAGGGUGCCGUGGAAAAGGGCGAGGAGCUUUCCUGUGAGGAGCGAAACCUGCUCUCGGUGGCCUACAAGAACGUGGUGGGCGGCCAGAGGGCUGCCUGGAGGGUCCUGUCUAGCAUUGAGCAGAAAAGCACCGAGGAAGGCUCAGAAGAGCAGGGCCCCGAAGUGCGUGAGUACCGGGAGAAGGUGGAGACGGAGCUCCGGGGUGUGUGUGACACCGUGCUGGGCCUGCUGGACACCCACCUCAUCAAGAAGGCCGGCGAUGCCGAGAGCCGGGUCUUCUACCUGAAGAUGAAGGGAGACUACUACCGCUACCUGGCCGAGGUGGCCACCGGCGAUGACAAGAAACGCAUCAUCGACUCUGCCCGGUCGGCCUACCAGGAGGCCAUGGACAUCAGCAAGAAGGAGAUGCCGCCCACCAACCCCAUCCGCCUGGGUCUGGCCCUGAACUUUUCCGUCUUCCACUAUGAGAUUGCCAACAGCCCCGAGGAGGCCAUCACGCUGGCCAAGACCACUUUCGACGAAGCCAUGGCUGACCUGCACACCCUCAGCGAGGACUCCUACAAAGACAGCACCCUCAUCAUGCAGCUGCUGCGAGACAACCUGACGCUGUGGACAGCCGACAACGCCGGAGAAGAGGGCGUGGAGGUGCCCGAGGAGCCCCAGAGCUGAGCCUCACCCGCUGCCGCCCUGCCCUGCCCUGCCCUGCCCUGCCCUCUCGGUCCCCACGCCCUGCCGAGCGGACUAAUACUGGGUGGGAGGCCCCAUCCUGCUCCCCUCACUGUGGCUGUCCCAACUCAGAAAGGUUCCCUGGAGAAGGGGCCCGCAGAGCUAAGACUGCCCGGGGCUGUGAUGGGGUCCCGCCCUUCCUGCAGCUCCGGGGGGUGCCCCAACCGCCCCUGCUCUCUGCACCCCUUCCCCUUCAGCCCACCCCUGAGCCUCUGGCUUCACCUCCCUCCUUCCCCUGCAGCCUCUGGCUCUUAGGAAGUGAGGAGCAGCCCACCCUGCGGCUGAGGCUGGAGAUGGGGUGCGCGUGUGACUGUGAGGGAGCAACCAGGGAAAGCGUGUCCGCUGGGUGGGGCCGGCUCCGCUCAAUAAACUCCGUGACAUUCA